AUGGCUCGGGCACCGGGAACACUUGUUGCACUGGGGUUGUUGGGCCUGUGCUGGUCUCUGGCCAUCGCCCACCCGGUUUCUCCGACUACUGCCUCUGGGAAUGGAGCUGAAGAUGGAAACAAGAUCCCCAACAUGCUCGAACUCUGCUCAGAUGGCUGGAGCUUUGAUGCUACUACUAUGGAUGACAAUGGGACCAUGCUGUUUUUUAAAGGGGAGUACGUGUGGAAGGCUCACCACUGGGCCCGGGAGUUGAUCUCAGAGACAUGGAAGGAUUUCACCAGCUCCCCGGAUGCCGCCUUUCGCCUUGGUCACGACAGUGUAUUCCUGACCAAGGGCGACAAAGUCUGGAGGCACCAUCCCGAGAAGAAAGAGGAAGGAUAUCCAAAGUUGCUCCAAGAUGAGUUUCCCGGGAUCCCAUCCCCACUGGAUGCAGCUGUGGAAUGUCACCGUGGAGAAUGCAAGGAUGAGGGCAUCCUUUUCUUCCAAGGUACCCGCACGUGGUUCUGGGACUUAGCCACAAAAACCGCAAAAGAGCGUGACUGGCCGGCUGUUGGGAACUGCUCCUCUGCCAUUCGAUGGCUCGGCCGCUACUACUGCUUCCAGGGCAACCAAUUUCUGCGCUUCGACCCUAUCACGGGAGAGGUGCUCCCUAGGUACCCUCUGGAUACCCGAGACUACUUCAUGCCCUGCCCUGGCAGAGGCCAUGGACACAGGAACAGGACCCACCAUGCGAAUAGCACUCACCAAGGCUAUGGGGAUAUGCGCUGUCGCCCAGAUCUAGUCUUGUCUGCACUGCUGUCUGACAAGCAUGGUGCCACCUAUGCCUUCACCGGGUCCCACUAUUGGCGUUUGGACACCAGCAAGGAUGGGUGGCAUAGUUGGCCCAUUGCCCAUCAAUGGACGAAGGGUCCUUCAACAGUGGAUGCCGCCUUUUCCUGGGAUGAUAAACUCUAUCUGGUCCAGGGCACUCAGAUAUAUAUCUACCUGACAAAGGGAGGCUAUACCCUAGUGGAUGGUUAUCCAAAACGGCUGGAAAAGGAAUUUGGAAACCCUCCUGGGAUCAGCCUUGAGGCUGUGGAUGCAGCCUUUAUCUGUCCUGGGUCUUCUCGACUCCACGUCAUGGCAGGACGGCAGCUAUGGUGGCUGGACCUGAAGUUAGGAGCUCAAGCCACGUGGACAGAGCUUCCUUGGCCUCAUACGAAGGUUGAUGGGGCCCUGUGUGUGGAAAAGUCCCUUGGCCCCAAUUCAUGUUCUGCUAAUGGCUCCGGCUUGUACCUCACCCAUGGCCCCAAUUUGUACUGCUACAGUGACGUGGAGAAAAUGAAUGAAGCCAAGACCCUUCCCCAAGCCCAGAGAAUGAACAGCCUCUUGGGCUGCAGUCACUGA